CAUUUCCAACACCAUCAAUCUCCCUCUCUCAAAAACCAAAAAAAGAAAAAAAAAAGAAACAAUGGCGGCGGCUGCAUCAACCAUGGCUCUCUCGUCUCCAUCCUUCGCCGGCAAGGCCGUGAAGCUCUCUCCGGCAGCCUCUGAGAUUCUCGGAACUGCCCGAGUCACAAUGCGCAAGGCCGCCAAGCCCUCCGGUCCAUCCGGAAGCCCCUGGUACGGACCAGACAGAGUCAAGUACUUGGGCCCAUUCUCCGGCGAGCCGCCGAGCUACCUCACCGGAGAAUUCCCCGGAGAUUACGGAUGGGACACCGCCGGUCUCUCAGCCGACCCCGAGACCUUCGCCAGGAACCGCGAGCUGGAAGUGAUCCACUGCAGGUGGGCCAUGCUGGGCGCACUCGGCUGCGUCUUUCCCGAGCUGCUGGCUCGUAACGGCGUCAAGUUCGGAGAAGCCGUCUGGUUCAAGGCCGGUUCACAGAUUUUCAGCGAAGGAGGGCUGGAUUACCUGGGAAACCCUAGCUUGGUCCACGCGCAGAGCAUAUUGGCCAUAUGGGCAACUCAGGUGAUAUUGAUGGGGGCAGUGGAAGGUUACAGAGUGGCGGGGAACGGACCGUUGGGAGAGGCGGAGGAUCUGCUCUACCCGGGCGGGAGCUUCGACCCGUUGGGACUGGCGAGUGACCCGGACGCGUUCGCGGAGUUGAAGGUGAAGGAGAUCAAGAACGGGCGGCUGGCUAUGUUCUCGAUGUUCGGGUUCUUCGUCCAGGCCAUCGUCACCGGGAAAGGACCGCUGGAGAAUCUGGCCGACCACUUGGCGGAUCCUGUUAACAACAAUGCUUGGGCCUACGCCACCAACUUCGUUCCCGGCAAGUGAGAGAGGAUGAAUUUGGUCUUGUGGCUGUUCUGUAAGAGAAAACAUGAGAAAAGAGUGAGUGAUAUAUCUUGUUUGUGAUGGUUCAGAAAUUUGAAGGAAAAAAAAUUCCCUUUUAAUUGAUCA